ACAAAGUUUCUCUGUGUAAGAAUGUAGUACUCACCCAAAGAUGCCGGUUGUUAUACUUUUUAGUUGCAGUCUGUCCUUAAUCUGUUUACUGUAAAAGUUACUACUGGCUUACAUUGUUACCCAUCCUGAUGAACGGCUGGCCAGGUUUUUACUAAGCAGUUACAAAUGAAAAUCCGACUAUGCUUCUCAAACCACAGCUAAUACUCCUCCCAGGGCUGAAGUCCUUGGUUUGCCUGACCAACUUUCCUUUCAUUUGAGAUCUCAAACUACUUCGAACGAGACCCUGCAUCAAGCUCUUAAGCGCCUUUCUUCGCAAAACCAUUCAAGCAUCCCGCCCUCCCAAGGUUGCGCUCAACGCGUGCGGGGCGGGCCCACUCUUCUCAAAUCUUAUUGGGUAAAAUCCUCGCCUCUCAUCACACUAUGGGCGGGACAAUAGAGAAAGGGCCUUUACCAGGCGCAAGAAGAUGACAUCACAGUAGCGGAGCCGGGACCUCCGGUUGCUCUGGGAUCUGCUCGCCGAGGGUGCUAAGUGAAGACCGCUCCGUUCGCGACACCGUCGCCAUGACCAUUUGUCAGUUCUUCCUUCAAGGCCGCUGCCGCUUCGGAGACCGGUGCUGGAACGAACAUCCCGGCGCCAGGGGUGCGGGCGGAGGACGGCAGCCACAGCCCUCAGGUAGUAACAGAAGAGGAUGGAAUACCACCAGUCAGAGAUAUUCCAAUGUUAUCCAGCCAUCCAGUUUCUCCAAGCCUACACCAUGGGGGGGCAGCAGAGAUCAAGAAAAGCCAUCUUUUGCUUCUUUUGAUUCUGGAGAGUCCGCUAGCAAGAACAGGGGAUUUGGCUUAUCUCAGAACCCAUUUGCUUCACCUGCCUCUGAUGACCAGAAAGAUGAUAAGAAGCUUCUGGAAGGAAUUGUUAAAGAUAUGGAGGUUUGGGAAUCAUCAGGGCAGUGGAUGUUUUCUGUUUAUUCACCAGUGAAAAAGAAACCGAAUAUUUCAGGUUUUACAGACAUUUCACCAGAGGAGUUGAGACUUGAAUACCAUAACUUCUUAACCAGCAAUAACUUACAGAGUUAUCUAAAUUCUGUCCAGCAGUUAAUAAAUCAGUGGAGGAACAGGGUGAAUGAACUGAAAAGUCUAAAUACAUCAACUGCAAUAGCUUUGCUCUCCGAUUUACAGGAUGGAGUGAAUCAAGCAGCACCUUCAUUUGGUUUUGGCAAUAGGCAAACAGUAACAUUUGGGUCACCAGGUUUUCCAGUGAAUAACAGCAGCAGCAGCAGCACUCAGAAUUUUAGUUUUAAAUCAAGCUCUGGAUUUGCUACAGCCCCUUCUGGAAGUCCUCCUGUGUUUGGGAAUACUCCAGCCUUUGGAGCUGUACCCGCUGCCAGUUCUGCCAUCCCUGCUGCUACUCCGACUUUUGGCCUUAGGAAACCCGAAAUCACAUCUGCUGCUUCAUUUUCAUUUAAAACCCCUGCAGCUUCUGGUUUUGGAUCAUCUGGAUUUUCAGGAUUUUCGCCUUCUAUGGCAGCAAGCCCUGUUGGAUCUCCAGUGGCGCUAGCCUUUGGAAGUGGCAGUUCUGCAGCUGGUUUUGGUAGCUCAGGCUCACCGCCUCACACUGCUUUCUCUAAGUCAUCCAGUGAUGCCUUCGGAAACAGCAGUGUACCCACUUCUCUCUCUUUCUCACUUGGCAGCGCCACAACAGAUAAUGCAUUAUUCACACCCAAGGAUCAACUAACAGCAGAAGAACUGGAACAAUUUCAAUCUAAGAAGUUUACUCUGGGAAAAAUUCCAUUAAAGCCACCACCUGUGGAACUUCUAAAUAUUUAAAAGGGCAACUUUAAAUACAGAACAGCUUUUAAAAUUGUUUUGAGUGGUUCAUAUGAAAGAGGAGGAAUACACACACACACACACGUGUAUAUGCAUAUAUAUGCAUAUAUAUUUAUAAAAAGUAUAAAUUUUCAAUAAUAACAUUAGGAGUUCUUAAAUUUAACAUUUUUUCCUUGACUCUAGCUAUUUAAGUAAAACAACAAAAACUACUCAGCAACAGAUUUUUUCUUUUUUUUUUACUGUAAUGAUGAAUGGAACUGAAAAACCUGUCAGGGUGCACUGAAUAAAGUACUUUUCUCAUUCUGUAUCACUUUAUACUGUCUUACCAUUUAAAAUUUUACCUUUAAACUUUUUUUUUUUUUUUUAAGGAAAGAGAUAAUUUCUAGAACAAGUAGGGAAAAAAUGCUUAAGUGUUUAGUCUGCCUGCUGAAUAAACAUCAGCAGCAUGGUGACUUUCUUUUGUGUUAAAGAAGAUUCUCUUAAAGAGAGAAAUAUAAUUUUUAAAGGGUAAAAGCUUUUAUUUUUAGUAACUAAGAAGCAUUUUUGCCUCAUAACUUUUCCUCCUGUUUUGGCUAUCUCAUGAACCAUUUGAGUUUUUGUCAACAAUUUCAUGCUAGUUUUUAUCUUGGCCUAAUUUUUAUGUAAUUCUAUUUUUUCCUCACAUUGUCUCAUCAAGUGGAUGGAUUGUAAGAGGACUAGAAAUUAUGAUCUCAUGUAGAUGAAGAGCAUAUGUGUAUAUAUAUAUCCUUUGUAGAUGCAUAAGACAUUUCUGGAAGAGUAAGAAACUUGCUAAUAAUGAUUACCACUGGGAAAAGAAUUGGUGUCCGAGUUAGGAGAAAUACUUUGUGUACCAUUUUGAACUGUUUGAAUAUUUUACCAUGUACAUGUGGUACUUUGUUUUUUUAAUUAAAAGAAGAUCACGAAAAAUUAGGAAACUUUUUUCAAUUAAACAUUAUUGGCAAGUUUAAUAAUGUGUAUGAUCAAGCUAGUUUUUCAGGAUGCAUUUUUGAAAAGAAUUUUUUUUAAACAAGUAUUCAAGAUGCAUCUUCUCUAGGCUUUUUUCUUUUCAAGUAACAGAAGUAACUUUAUAACUGGAAAAAGGUCAUUGAAGAACAAGUCUAGGCUUUCUUCCACCUCCAUUUACAUUAUUAAGGUAUGCUUUUAUUCCUUUUGGUAUAUUUCUUAAAACCUUUUUAUAAAAUAUGCUUAUUAUAACAACUUUGGAAACUUACAACAAGGAAAUUAAAAUUAUCUGUAAUCUCUCCCCCCCAAGAGUAGUGUAUAUAGAGGGAUGAGGAUUCAUCAGCUGUUUUUCUAGAGUUUCUAUUAGAAUUUUCAGAUGUGUUUGGGUCUCUCUGUGUCCUCAGAUUGAAGGAGUAGUAUCUUAUAUAUAUGGUUGAUCCAAACAGCCAGAGACGUCAUUAGUUGAAGCAUACGUGUCAAGAGUCCUGUGUUCCUUUUUCAAGCCUCAGAAAAUAUAUAACUAGCACUGCGAGAACAGUUUCUUUACACAGAUCAGGUGUUGAACUGAUUUUUUUUUUUUUUUUUAAACGUCAGAUGGGUAACGUGCCGGUGUCAUAAAAAGGUUUGGAAGGAGGCACAUGUCAUGCAGCAGCGUGAACACCCAAUCAUCACGCUCAUGAACUACAAAAGGAUCUGAACUGAUUCUUAAGUGAAAAUCUUACCUAUUAAAGAUAUAUGCACCACAUGAUUUUAGCGUAUAUGCAAAGGAUUUGGUCCUCAGGGGAUCCAGAUUCUCUGUUGUACUUUUUGAAGAACUUUAUAACUCUUAAGUUUCGGAACCCCAGCACUCCAAAUAAGAGGUGUAUGUUUGAAUUUUAGUAUAUGUGCUGCCAAAGCAAGCACGAGGUGUAUGUUUGAAACCAUCCUUGGUAUAGAGAUGAUAAGUAGACCCUAAGUUCCUGUUUUGAUUUCAAGUUCUUUAUAAGGACUUUCCAAUUUUUUUUUUUUUCAA